AUGGCAAAACCAACACCCUCGUUAUCUCAAUAUGACCACGAGAUGGAAACGAUUCCCGGUAAUUUGCCUACAACCAAGGCAGGAGCAGACUCGAAGGUUCUCUUGACGAGGCUCUCACAAUUCCACCACUCUUCCCGCUCACCCCCCCCAGCGACUUCCGUGACAGAACAACGCGAUGGCAUACUCAGGGCAUGGGCCAUGUUGCUUCACUUGUAUCUUGUGUCUGACACUGUUGCGUUCGCUGUGGUUGGUAUGGGAAGUAAAAAGCUGGCAUGCUCGCACUGGCCAGUGUCUGUUCCUCAAGGUUCGACAUUCUACCCUGAUCCUCGACUGACGUUCACUCCUUUCGAGGCCGACAAGCAUCGCAACCAAGUUAAUACCGCUGUCGCCUUUGCUGACGUUGACGUUGACGAUGGCAUAUUCAGCUAUAUUGUGCAAUCAUCCGAAAGGUUGAGUCGAGAUCUACGAUUGUACACCCAGCACACAUGCGUGCCACGCAAGUUUGCGUCCGCGUUAUGGAACACUCUCCUCGAGAUACAUUCAGAUUUGGUGGAUUCGGCUUCUUACAAAUGGUACAAACAGUCAGUUAGUCAAAUAGACAAGAAAACACUACGGUCAUUCUUGCCUCAUACGUCGUUUGAGCCACGGGUUUCUGUGCACGACCUCUGGCGUGAGUCGGUCCGAACGGCCCCUCUUGCACCAGCCGUGGAAUCAUGGGAUGGUGCCUUGACUUACACAGAGCUGGACGGGCUAGCCUCCAAGCUUGCGCAUCUAUUGCUAUCCAAAGGAGUGCAGAGGGGCGAUUUCAUCCCCUUCUCAUUCGAAAAAAGCAUUUGGAUGGUAGUCUCUAUGCUGGGCAUUGUCAAAGCUGGAGCUGCCUUUGUGGCCAUUGAUCCCUCGCAGCCAAAGGCACGAGCUGAAGAGAUCAUCGACCGAGUACAGGCAAAUAUAAUCUUGGUCUCACCAUUGCAGGCCCCGACAUUCGCCGACAUGGGUAAAGCCACCCUGACGGUUUGCGCGGAUAACCUGACAAGCGAAUAUGAUAAGGCCUCACCUGGCCGAUCGCUUCCUCGUGUCAGGCCAGAAGACCCUGCAGUAUGUAUCUUUACCUCUGGCUCAACUGGGAAGCCCAAGGGAAUUAUCGUCCAGCAUCAAGCACUCGCCACUCGCUUACUGGCAGAGGGCGGAGCCCUUGGGUACCGGGGGUCCAGGUGUUUGCAAUUUGCUGCAUCUACGUGGGACAUAUUCAUCACCGACGUCUUUGCAACAUUGGCGUACCAGAGUUGCAUCUGCAUACCGAGUGAAGAAGAUCGACUAUUCAAUCUCGCAGAGUUUUGUACCAAAUACAAAGUAACCUUGGCGAUCAUGACCCCUUCAUUGGCAAAUAUGUUGACGCCUACUUCAUUCCCCACAUUGAAGACACUCAUAUUCUCAGGGGAAGCCCUGCGAGCUGAUGUGGUGGCACGAUGGUCAUCACAGAGCGGUGUUUCACUCUACCAAGGCUACGGACCUGCAGAAACGGGUGGUUGCAUCAUUGGACGCCUUGCUCAGCGUGCAGAGGUCCUUGGCCACGGUCUUAAAAAUUAUACUUGUGUACUUGUGGAUCCUCAGAACCAUGAUCGCUUGGUACCAGUGGGAGCUGUAGGUGAGCUCCUGGUUGCCGGACCAGGCCUGCUUCAGGAAUACAUCCAUGACCCCCCCAAAACGAGUGCGGCCAUUGUUGAGCGCCCCUCGUGGUGCUCAGACCUCCAAAUUGAUGAGCCAAGAUUUUAUAAGACUGGGGACCUGCUCCGUUAUAGUAUCGAUACGCUCGAUGGAAGCCUCGAAUUUGUGGGCCGUGCAGACGGUCAAGUGAAGUACCAUGGCCAACGCAUUGAGGUUGGGGAAGUAGAGUAUCACCUUAGUCAAUUCCCCAAUGUGACCUACUGUAUGGUAGGUCUACCCAAAGAAGGGCAUUUGAGAGGCCAUCUGGUCGCCGUGGUUCAAAUCGAUGGGCAUUCCGGUCCUAAUCACUCCAAUAUGAAGCUCGCGAUACAUAAAGAUGUGGACCGCAUUAGAGAGGAAAUCAACAAGUUCCUGUUAUCACGUCUACCAAAAUACAUGAUUCCAAGCAAACUAUUUGUCGUCAGCAACAUGCCGUUCAACGCGUCGAUGAAACUAGAUAGGGCUGCUAUCAAUAAAUGGAUCCUGGGCAUGCCGGCUGAACAUACUACGGUGGCGGAUCAAUCACUGCCCGCCACAGAUGCCACUCAGCUGCUUCCCCAUGAACGCACUGCAAGAGCAGUAGCUCAGCUGUAUGCCAGUGCUGUUGCAGGAGAGGAUGGUCACCACCAUCGGCAAUUUGAAAAUCGAGACUUCAAGCUACAGUCGGGUGGCAUUGACUCCGUUCAGAUUAUGUCACUUUCACUUUCUCUUAAAGAUAAAUUCGGGGUCCAGAUACCAAUGGACGAAAUGCUAAGCUCGAGGUCAACUAUACGCACAAUCGCUUCUAUUAUAGACGCGAGCGGAAGUCACCAAGUAUCGAAAGCUGCGACCCAGGAAGAGAUCAGUACAGAAAGUAACAUAGACCUAAUGCUUAGGUCGGUAUUCAAUUCUUCCGAGAAGCUGUAUAACGACUCGGACAUACAUCAUGUGUUCCUCACCGGGCCUUCUGGUUAUCUAGGAAUAGAGAUAUUGCGUCAGCUUCUCACACAGUCUACCUGCCAAAUCUAUGCGCUCGUUCGGGGCUCAUCGGAAAACGCUGCUCGUGAUUAUCUCAUACAGAAGGCAGUCACUGCCACAUGGUGGAGAGAUGAAUACCUUUCCAGGCUUGAGAUUUGGCUAGGUGAUCUAUCGCGGCCCCAACUUGGUCUUGAUUCGGAUCAAUGGCGUUUGCUUCAGGGACUAGGUGGACAGGGAAUUGAUGCAAUUAUCCACAACGGCGCCAAAGUCCACUAUCAUAUGGACUAUGACAGUCUUGAGGCUACAAACGUAUCGUCAACCAUCCAGUUGCUCAAAGCGGUUAACAACCGUGAAAGGCCACUCCACAGCUUUGUGUUUGUAUCUGGUGGGCAACAACUCAGCUUUGACGACAAUGACGACGCCGCCAAUAUACAGAAGGCUCUUCAAGGAUCUGGGUACGCACGCUCGAAGGCCAUGUCAGAGCUUCUUGUAAAGAGGUUUGCUGAUCAUACGGAGAAAAAAGCCAAAUAUGUCCGAGUUGUCAAGCCGGGAUUCAUCAUUGGUGAUGCUAAACGAGGUAUUGCCAGUAAGAAUGACUUCAUUUGGAGAUACAUCGCGGCCUCAAUCGAAAUCGGCGCCUACGAUAAAGAAAGUGCGAAUGGAUGGCUCUUUUUGGCAGAUAUUUCCCGGGUAUCGGAGACUAUUCUUCACUGCGUGUUCGACCUUGAGUGUAAGCCAGUGGUAAAGGUCCUAGAUGGCGUUCAGUUUCAUAAUAUCUGGCUGCUUCUACAGGAUGAAUUUGACUACAAUAUACGGCCCGUGCUCCAGCAGGAGUGGCUUUCUAAGCUACGUCAAAGUGUUGCCGCUAAGCAAGAGAAACAUGUUCUGUUUCCACUUAUGCACAUGUUUGAAACAGAUGGCCAACCGCUCGGUGUGUCCAACGGACCAAGUUGCCCGUCCGAUGGUGUUAAAGAAGCUUUGCGAGCGAAUAUCAAACAGCUGAUUGGAAGUGGGUUCUUUAUGUUGCCCGGCUUCCUUCCGACUCCCCCGUCCACCGACGAGGAAAGUGUGGAGGGCAGUAUGGCACCAGUCCAAGACGCCUUUGAUGUGCAAAGCGUACGCAGGCAGUUUCCAGCCCUGCAGGGAGGCAUCGUAGCGUUCAACAAUGCGGCUGGGACUGCUGUGUAUCAGGGUGCCAUCGAAAGGACGCAUGAUUACAUGUCUUCGUUUCCCAUCGAGGUCGGACUUGAUGAUCCGCAAAGUCAGAAAAAAACAGAGGGUCUGAUGAAUAAGACCGCUGAACUAGCGGCAUUCAUGAAUGCAGAUUCUGAUGAAGUCGCAUUUGGCCAAUCGACGACGAUGCUUCUACGCAUUUUGGGCCAGGCACUACGACCGGCGCUGAACUCAGAUUGCGAGAUGAUCGUCUCAAACCUAUGCCACGAAGCUAGUGCAGCCGCGUGGAUAUUCCUUGCCAAAGAUCUUGGUAUUGCCAUUAAAUGGUGGGCGCCACCGGCGGGUGAUGAUCCUUGCCUUUCGCUGGAAACGUUAAAGCCACUUCUGACACCCAACACACGAGUCGUCGCUUGCAAUCACGUUUCCAAUGUUGUAGGAACCGUUCAUCCCAUUCGCAAGAUUGCAGAUGCGGUCCAUAGCGUUCCUGGAGCCAUCCUGAUCGUCGAUGGAGUUGCUUGGGCGCCUCACCGUCCGAUCGAUGUCAAAGCUUUAGAUGUUGAUUUCUACUGCUUUAGCUGGUAUAAGGUCUUUGGCCCACAUAUAGCACAGCUAUACGGCCGGCGAAGUGUUCAGAAACGUAUGUUGACUGGGAUCAGCCAUUUCUUCCUUAGUGAUUUCCCAGGACUGGACUGGCGCCUGCGGCUUGGUGCCCCUGCCUUCGAACUUGAGGCGGCUCUCGUAGCCAUUACAAGGUACCUUAGCCAAGUCGGCUGGGAGAAUAUUAUUGCACAAGAGACGGUUCUUCAAGAAGCGCUCCUAUCCUACCUUCGACGGCACCCAAGCAUAUUCCGUAUUUUUGGAGAGAAGUCAUCAAAUCCGGAGAAACGGGUGCCGGUAAUCACAUUCCAGGUGAUAGGACGGUCUUCACGAGAGAUAAUGAACCAGAUCAAUAGACAAACGCAAUUCAGGAUAGUGUCAGGCCAUUGCUGGGCACCUCGACCGACGCACGACGUGUUGAACCUCGACGAAAACGGCCUAAUCAGGGUCAGCUUUGUGCAUUAUAACACUAUCGAGGAGGUGCGACAGUUCUGCGAGGCAUUACAAGGGAUCCUGAACCUUACAGACGAUAGUAGUUGA